AUGGGGUUGAUCAGCUACAGUGAAGUCGCAUAUUAUUAUCACCAGAGACACUUUCUGUUUCCUUCCAUUGUUUUAUAUUGGCGUAAUUAUCAAAAAAAGAUAUUGGAAUCUCUAGAAGGAAAAGAAGUUGUAUUGUCAGGAGAUGGGCGGCAUGACAGUAUGGGUCAUUCAGCAAAGUAUGGCACAUACACAAUAUUUUGCUGCACAAUUGGAUUAAUCAUUCAUUUGGUUGUUGUACAGGUAGUUUUACUGGCUAACAAUAAAAUUAAUUUGUUCCAAAUACUUGAACAUAUGUCACUCACAUUUUUGUCAAAGGCAAACCAAGCAGGGAGUAGUUCAGCUAUGGAGGCUCUUGGUCACCAAAAGGCCAUGUCAUUUCUCCUUACAACUGGCCUAAUAAUAACAACAUUCGUAUCAGAUCGACAUGCCACCAUAGCCAAAUGGAUGAGGGAAAAAUGUCCAAAACUGUGCAAAGAAUUGGGGAAACCAGUCAUCCAGCAUUUCUAUGACCUGUGGCACAUUGGAAAAAAGAUUCAGAAGAUCAUGAUUACAUUGGCAAAAAAAGACUGCCAAAUCCUAGGAAGAUGGAGAAAAGCAUGCACGACAUUUCUAUUGGCUGCUACAUCUACUUUAUCUGGAAUUGGAGAAGUUAAAUGGGCCAAAUUUGAAUCUUUUUUCUAUCACAUUUUGAAUAAACACAAAGACUUCCCAAAUAAGAUUUACAGCAGAUGCAGUCACAGUGAUGUCCUAAAGCCAAGAGUGUGGUUAACAAAGGGAUCUGUUGCUUAUGAAAAGUUGAAAGAUGCACUUACCAAAAAGAAACUUGUUAAAGCUAUCAAACAAGCAUCUUCUGUUGCCCAGACCAGCUGUUUGGAGGGAUACCAUUCAGUUGUUAAUCAUUUCGCACCAAAAUUGAUUCAUUUCUCUUAUUCUGGCAUGUAUUGCAGGUAA